AUCGUCAUAACAGCAGUCCACGUCAGAGUCUGUUACCGUGCUCUCUUCGUUAAUUUUAGUACACGCUCCACUACCGUCUAGCUCGCAAUAGACGAUAGUCGUAUAAUAAUAUCGGGCCAAGAACACCGAAUAGUGUCACAACAUUGAGCAGACAACCCACAAUCGGCAAGCUAAUAUCGGCCGGCAACUUCAGAAUCUUCUCUCGGGCAUUAGCAAUUAUUAAUGAUGACGCACAUUUACUUUCUAAUCUUCUGUUAUAUUUUAAAUUCAGUGCUAAGUGAGCCAAUUACAUGGCUGAUGCAGGGCGACGUGUUCACCGACAAUCAAGCGAAAUCCCGACUCAUCGAAUUGGACAACUAUGAGUCGUAUACUCCGGUGAGCACUAGAGUAGAAGUGUAUUACUGGGCCCGACCGGGCAAACUCAUCAACUGCGUGAUCGCUGCGGCUGUCCACCAGCGCGGCCACGUGAGCGUGGUGGAGGGCGGCUAUAGAGCCAAGAAGGUUCGGAUCCGUUACAUGACAGAAAACGGCGAACCGGACGUAUUUUAUGUUCUCGUGCAAGCCGCAAAGAAGGAUUCGGUGCUUGUCGAGGGGAAUGUUGUAAAAACCUCGAGACUAGGCAUCAUCUACGAACCCAUCAAGAAUUGGACCCUCACGGAGAUACAAGAUGCCUUACGCAACAGCACCGAUAUUUUCCCACCGUAACAAGAUACGUGGAGUUUAAUUUUUUCAUAGACCAAAAAAAGAUGAAAAAAUUCACCAUAGCACGAACCGCAGCAUCUCAUAAAAA